AUGGGGAACAACAAGUUCUCCGUGAAGGUGAUGCUCUGCAAGUGCCAGGACCUGGUGGCGGCGACGAACGAGGUGGGCGGCAAGAGCAGCGCCUACGUGGUCUUCACGCUGGACGGCGCCACCAAGAAGAGCUCGAUCGUCCAGAGCAGCCUGGAUCCGCACUGGUCUCCGGCCGAGCAGUUCGACUUCCAGGUGGACGAGUGGGACAACGAGUUCCUCAUCGCGCAGGUCUUCGACCACAACCCGCGCGGCGAGGACGAUCUAAUCGGAUCGGCCGUCAUCCCCCUGACGCUCUACGCGGGCAAUCGGAAUUGCGAGAUGUGCAGCUACCCGCUGGUGCUGCCGGACGAGGUGGGCGGCUUGGGGUCGCCCAAGAGCGACAUGUUUUUGAAGAUUAGCCUAUUGGACGCGGACGGAAGCCCCGUGGAGGAACUGUAUUGGUAA